AUGGCUGAGAGGCGAGAGGAGGCCCCCGACUUGAUGGAGCAGGGUGAGAGCAAAGUUUCCCUUCCGCAGCACAGCAAAGGGGCUGUCGGGGCAGUCAGUGUGGGGCCGAGCGCUGUGGCAGGGGGAGUCACUGCCUGCGAUGCCCCUUCCUUGCCACAGCCGCCAGCCCUGCCCCUCACCCCUCAGGGACGGAGCAGGGCCCUGGGGACGAUCCCUCAGGGAUGCUUCCCCCGGCCCGCAGAGGUGCUCAUUCCCGCCGGCAUUUGCUCUCUCCCUCCAGCGUGCGUGCUGUGCGGCCGGGCAGCAGCUGAUCUGGAUCUCUGGGGGCCGAAAAUCGAGACAGAAGGGCUCUGUGCCCAUCGUUUUUGCAUGUUUUUUGCCGGUGAGCUUUUGUACUGGCAGGAUGAGGAAUCAGGGCUGCUGGGAAUUCUUCCUGAGGACAUUCUUCACACAGUCGAGUUGGCAGCGCAGAAGCGAUGCUUCAUCUGCGGGGAGAGCAGGGCCACCAUCACCUGCUGCCAGGAGGACUGUGACCUCAGCUUCCACCUGCCCUGUGCCAUGGAGGGUGAAUGUAUCACCCAGUACCUUCCUCCACACAGCUCCUUCUGCAGGGAGCACCGCCCAGAGCAGGAGGUGGAGGCAGCUCCAGAGGAGAACACCAAGUGCCUCAUCUGCCUGGAGCCUGUGGAGGACAGAAAGUCCUUCCACACUUUGGUGUGCCCCGUCUGCAAACACGCCUGGUACCACCGGGUCUGCAUCCAGGGCCACGCUCUCUCUGCUGGUAUGUCCUUCAGCUGCCCCCACUGCAGAAACGAGCACAACUUUAUCAAGGACAUGCUUAUCAUGGGCAUUCGAGUCCCCAUGAGAUUGUCAUCAUGGGAGAAUGAGCCUCAAGAUGAAAUACUAAUCGAGGGGCACAGCCACUGCGAUGCCCAUGAGUGUCUUUGUCCUGGAGGCAGGGAGUAUGCAGAGGAACAGGGGUAA